UAUCAGUAGUACUUUUUAGGGAAAAGAAAGGGCUGGUCGGCCGGCCAAAUUCUGAACAAGAAAUCCGUAUUCCCGGUACUGCAUAAAUAUAAACUAAUAAAUCAUAAAAUAAGAGAAAAUUCAUAAAACAUUAAGUGCACAAGUAUAUUAAAAUACUUCGGGGCUCGGCCGCAUCAGCAAACUCCGCAGCUUCGUUACACAUACACGGCUAGGUUUUUCACAACAAUGGGAGCUUACUGCAAAGAUUAUCAAAUGUUUGAUAAUUAUAAUUACAUGGGUCGGUCGUCACAAGAUCUGAGAUUCUCAAAGCACCUCUAUGACAAUGUUCAUGGCAAUAUUUAUGUUGACCCUCUGUUUCUGAAGUUUAUUGAUACUGAGCAGUUCCAAAGGCUUCGUGACCUUAAGCAACUUGGUACCACACACAUGGUUUAUCCAGGGGCUGUGCAUUCUAGAUUUGAACAUUCUCUUGGCGUUUAUUGGCUUGCUGGUGAAGCUGUUCACAAACUAAAGGCUCACCAAGGCUCGGAACUUGACAUAGAUAACUUCGAUGUACAAACCGUGAAACUGGCAGGACUUCUGCACGACAUAGGCCAUGGACCUUUUAGUCACUUGUUUGAACGUGAGUUUCUUCCUCGUGUUAUCAGGGGCUCCAAAUGGUCUCAUGAGCAAAUGUCAGUUGAGAUGGUUGACUACAUAGUGGAUGAGCAUAAUAUUGAAAUUGAAUCUGACACUGUUAAAAGAGUCAAGGAAAUGAUCCUUGCUGGUUCUGAUUUUGCUUCGAAAAAUAGUGCAAGGGAAAAACAGUUCUUGUAUGAUAUUGUCGCCAAUGGUCGAACUGGAAUUGAUGUUGACAAAUUUGACUAUAUCGUUCGCGAUUGCCGAGCUUGUGGUCUCGGAUGCAACUUUCAGUUUCAAAGGUUAAUGGAGACGAUGAGAGUGAUGGAUGAUGAGAUUUGUUAUCGUGCUAAGGAUUAUCUUACUGUUCACAAGUUAUUUGCAACUCGUGCUGAUCUGUACCGGACAGUGUACACUCAUUCAAAAGUGAAGGCAGUUGAGCUAAUGAUCGCUGAUGCUCUCGUGCAAGCAAAUGAUUAUCUUGAAAUUGCAUCUCAUAUUCAGGAUCCUUCUCAAUAUUGGAAGCUGGAUGACACGAUAAUUAAAACCAUCGAGACAGCUCCAGUUCAGGAACUAAAGGAAUCAAAGGACUUGAUCCUUCGUAUUCGCAGAAGAGAUCUAUACCAGUUCUGUAAUGAGUAUUCUGUUCCCAAGGAUAAUUUGGAAAAUUUUAAAGAUGUCACUGCACAAGAUAUUGUCUGCUCACAGAAAAAUGGAGGGAAAACACUUAGAGAAGAGGAUGUUGCUGUCAGCAACAUCAGAAUUGAUUUGAGUCGUGGAAGUAACAAUCCACUUGCAUGCGUCAACUUUUUUAAGGAUUAUGACAGUGAUGAAAAAUUCCCUAUAUCUGAUGAUAAAAUCAGCCACUUGCUGCCUACGUCUUACCAGGAUAUGAUUGUGAGGGUUUACUCCAAAAAGGCAGAGCUGGUUGGAGUAGUUUCUGAGGCUUUUGAAAAUUUUCAGCUGAAGACAUAUGGAAUUAAAGCCCAAGUACACGCAACACCCCAAAAGAAAAGAAGGCGUGCAUCAAAUAUCUAGUGUUGGAAACACUUUUCGUAAUAUAUAUGAUUUUGAUCUCAUCGUAGAAUUGAAUCCUGUAAAAAGGUUAAUCUAGAUAGUGAUCAUUUUGUUCAUGAAACGGUAUCUUGAUUAGUUUCAUGUAGAGUAAUGUUCUUCAUAUUAGUACUCAAUCAAGAUGCUGGAUUCUAGUUUUCUACGGUCCUUCAAUUUGAUGCAUUUGUAUCAUGUUUGAAGACUGUUAAAAGGCUUUUUACUUUCUGAAACUGUCUGCAGGGACGGGGUAGGCAUGUACUGGGUGCAUGUAAGACCUGAUCCAAAAUUAUUUGAAAAAUGUGGAAGAUUAAUUUAAGUA